CUUCCUCCCGCUUCCUCCCGGAUUCGUCUUCUUGCCAUUGCUGGAGGCUGGAGCUCUCCCUUUAAAAGAAAAAAAAACCCUAGAUCUCUUCUCUUCUGUUCCGUCCUUCCUCUCUCGCCAUGAAGCUCGUAAGGUUUUUGAUGAAAUUGAACAACGAAACAGUUUCGGUCGAGCUUAAGAACGGAACCAUAGUUCAUGGAACCAUCACAGGUGUAGAUGUUAGUAUGAACACUCACUUAAAAGCAGUGAAACUCACUUUGAAAGGGAAGAAUCCAGUCGCAUUAGACCACUUAAGUGUCAGGGGAAACAACAUUCGCUAUUAUAUUCUCCCAGACAGCUUGAAUCUCGAAACUUUGCUGGUCGAAGACACACCAAGAAUCAAACUGAAGAAACCAACUGCAGGAAAGAUUCCACCAGGUGGUCGUGGACGUGGGCGCGGAAGAGGUCGUGGACGUGGUGGUCGUUAAACAUUAUGCAGUGAUCCGAAGUAUGAUCUUAUCUUGUUAUCUUUGAACUCUUCAUGAUUUUUUUGAGAUUUGAUACGUUAUUGCAAAACUAAUCAAACACGGAAACAAUCAAAUUCCAUUUAUUACUGAGUUCAAUACUUUGUUACACAAUCUGAUAGUAAGACUCAAAAGGUUCGAGAUUA